AUGUCAGUGAAAAUUAAAAAUAAUAUAUUUUUAAAAUUUUUGCCGGUUGUAAUUGGUAUAGUUAUUUUUCUAAAAGAAAUUGAGAGUGUUCAUACACAUUCUGUGGAAACUAAAUAUAUCCAAGUACCAGUAGAUCACUUUUCUCCAACCGAGCCGGCUAAAACUUUUAAUUUAAGAUAUCUCGUUUACGCAAAGAACCAUAUCAAAGGCGGUCCGGUAUUCGUGUAUACGGGAGGCGAAAGAGAUAUUACGGUCGCGGCUCGUCAUACAGGAUUUUUGUUCGAUAUUGCACCUACUUUUAAUGCUAUGAUUGUUUUUAUUGAACACCGUUAUUAUGGGAGAUCAUUACCAUUUGGAAAUACUUCAUUUGCAUCUUUGGAGAAUUUAAGAUAUUGUAUGUCAACACAGGCGUUAUCAGAUUUUGCGUAUCUUCUUAAUGAUUUAAAAAAGAACCUUUCUGAUACAUCUCACGCGACUGGGCCCUUCAUUGCUUUUGGAGGAUAUUAUGCCGGAACAUUGUCAGCUUUGUUGAGAUUGAGAUAUCCGGAUUUAAUUAAAGGAGCUAUUACUUCAUCUGCGCCAAUGUUCUACUUACCCGGAUCCACUUCUUGCGAAGAUUACUAUAAAAUAGCGACGAGAGUUUUUAUGAAAUAUGGAGAGGAAAGAUGUGUUAGAACAAUAAAGCUCGCAUGGGAAAUAAUUAUAAGCAUAUCUAAAACGAAAAAAGGUAUGGAUUUUAUCUCGUCAUCAUUGAAGCUUUGUAAAGAUCUUGAAACACCAGAAGAUGUAGAGGUAUUGUUAGAUUGGUUAGCUGAAACAUAUGUCAAAUUAUCCAUGGUAAAUUAUCCAUAUUCUUCUGAUUACUAUAAUCCAGUUCCAGCCAAUCCGGUCUUGGUAUUUUGCAACAAACUCAAUACUGCUCAUUUCAAUGAUACAAGACAAUUUAUUGAAAUGUUUGCAGCCGCUUUAAAAAUUUAUACCAAUUAUACUGGCAAAGCAAUUUGCACAGAUAUUUUUUACAAACAACAUAAUGCAAAUGAACUUGCCUGGCAAUAUCAAACUUGUACAGAGCUUAUAAUGCCAAAAUGCUCAACGGACUAUGAUAUGUUUAUCACGAAGAACUGGAAUUAUGAAGAUAUGUCACUUGAUUGUUACAGAAAAUAUAAUAUUAAACCAAGACCCAAUUGGGCCUUUUCAACAUAUGGAGGCCAAAAUUUGCAUUACUAUUCAAAUGUAGUCUUCAGUAGUAGCAUGUUAGACCCGGCUUCAUAUAAUGCUGUUUAUCUAAAUAAAUCAGACGACAAAUCAAAACAACCGUGGAUAAGUUAUCGAAUUGAAGAGGCUCCACAUCUCAUGGAGUUUAGAACUUCUGAUCGUACUGAUAAUAGUUAUAUUAUAAAGGCAAGAAACUUUUAUGUAUCAACUAUAAAAAACUGGCUUAAUCAGAAAUAA